CCACCACCACCCUGCAUGACCUCUUUCUUAAGUCUAUCCCAGGUGCUGGAGUUAUGGCUUGCACCAUCAUACUCAUCCAUCUUAAAGAAUUCAUCCUGCCUUGUUCUUGCUGUCCGGCAUGCCAGUGCUUCUUCCACGAAUCUAAAAGAUGUACUGAGCAAUCUGAUACCCAAGGAGCAGGCCAGAAUUAAAGCCUUCAGACAGCAGCAUGGGAAGACGGUGGUGGGCCAGAUCACCGUGGACAUGAUGUAUGGUGGCAUGAGAGGCAUGAAAGGACUUGUGUAUGAAACAUCUGUUCUUGAUCCUGAUGAGGGCAUCCGUUUUCGAGGCCACAGUAUCCCUGAAUGCCAAAAACUGCUGCCUAAGGCUAAGGGUGGGGAAGAACCCCUACCUGAGGGCUUAUUUUGGCUGCUGGUAACUGGACAGAUGCCUACAGAGGAACAGGUGUCUUGGCUCUCACAAGAAUGGGCCAGAAGGGCAGCUCUGCCUUCUCAUGUGGUCACCAUGCUGGACAACUUUCCUACUAAUCUGCACCCCAUGUCUCAACUCAGCGCGGCCAUCACAGCCCUUAACAGUGAAAGUAAUUUUGCCCGGGCGUACUCGGAGGGCAUCAACAGAACCAAGUACUGGGAGUUGAUUUAUGAAGAUUGUAUGGACCUGAUUGCAAAGCUCCCUUGUGUGGCAGCAAAAAUCUACCGGAAUCUUUACCGGGAAGGCAGCAGCAUUGGUGCCAUUGACUCUAAGCUGGACUGGUCCCACAAUUUUACCAACAUGUUAGGCUAUACUGAACCACAGUUCACUGAGCUUAUGCGUUUGUACCUCACCAUCCACAGUGACCACGAGGGUGGUAAUGUGAGUGCCCACACCAGCCACUUGGUGGGCAGCGCCCUUUCAGACCCUUACCUGUCCUUUGCAGCAGCCAUGAAUGGGCUCGCAGGGCCUCUGCACGGGCUGGCAAAUCAGGAAGUGCUUGUCUGGCUGACACAGCUGCAGAAGGAGGUAGGCAAAGACGUGUCGGAUGAGAAGUUGCGAGACUACAUCUGGAAUACACUCAACUCAGGACGGGUUGUCCCAGGAUAUGGUCAUGCAGUACUAAGGAAGACUGACCCACGAUAUUCCUGUCAGAGGGAGUUUGCUCUGAAGCAUCUGCCUAACGACCCCUUGUUUAAGCUGGUUGCUCAACUGUACAAGAUUGUGCCCAACAUCCUCUUAGAGCAAGGGAAGGCCAAGAAUCCUUGGCCCAACGUGGACGCUCACAGUGGUGUGCUGCUCCAGUACUAUGGCAUGACGGAGAUGAAUUACUACACAGUCCUGUUUGGAGUGUCGAGGGCACUGGGUGUGCUGGCACAACUCAUCUGGAGCCGAGCCCUAGGUUUCCCACUAGAAAGGCCCAAGUCCAUGAGCACGGAUGGUCUGAUGAAAUUUGUGGACUCUAAGUCAGGGUAAAACGGGAGAUUGGGGGAAACUGACUAUAAGAAAAUGAGGAAGCUUAAAAAAUAAAGUAUAAUUUUGUUUUGUUUCAGGG